CGGGACUCGUUGAGCUUAGAACCAAGCAAUGUUGCCAAUUGCGUGUCCAAAGGGAAGUCAGAGCAUUUCGACUGCAGAAACCAUAUACGAGUGAUUCAGCCAAUGGGAGAUGGAGGGCGCCUAUACAUGUGUGGCACCAACGCGCACAGCCCAAAGGACUGGGUCAUCUAUUCUAACCUGACGCACCUCCCCCGCCACGAGUAUGUUCCUGGAGUGGGUAUGGGGAUUGCCAAGUGCCCUUACGAUCCAGCCGACAACUCGACGGCUCUGUGGGUGGAGAAGGGAAACCCGGGGGAGCUGCCCGGCCUCUACAGCGGCACGAACGCAGAGUUCACUAAGGCGGACACAGUUAUCUUCCGAACUGAUCUUCAUAACCUGACCACGGGACGGCGAGAGUACAGCUUCAAGAGAACCUUGAAGUACGACUCCAAGUGGCUGGACAAACCAAAUUUUGUUGGAUCAUAUGACAUCGGGCAGUAUGUAUUCUUCUUCUUUCGGGAGACCGCUGUGGAGUACAUAAACUGUGGAAAGAGUGUGUAUUCGAGAGUGGCACGGGUAUGCAAGAAGGACACAGGUGGCAAGAACAUCCUUAGUCAGAACUGGGCAACUUAUCUCAAGGCUCGAUUGAACUGCUCAAUUCCUGGAGAAUUCCCUUUCUAUUUCAAUGAAAUUCAGAGUAUUUACAAGAUUCCUGGUGAUGAUGCUAAGUUCUAUGGUGUGUUCACAACAUCAAUGAAUGGCCUGAUGGGAUCAGCUAUAUGCUCCUUCACCAUAGAAGACAUUCAGGAAGCUUUUAAAGGGAAGUUCAAGGAACAGGCAACAAGUAGUUCAGCUUGGCUUCCAGUAUUAAGCAACCGCGUACCUGAGCCCCGCCCUGGAGACUGCGUCAAUGAUACAGAGACAUUGCCAGAUACUGUUCUGAACUUCAUAAGAUCACAUCCACUGAUGGAUGCCGCUGUUUCGCAUGAAAAUGGGAAACCUGUCUUUUAUAAGAGAGAUCUCCUAUUUACUCAUCUGGUGGUUGACAAGCUGAAGAUUGACUUAUUUGGAACUGAUCUGGAAUAUAUUGUCUACUAUGCUGGGACCAAUGAGGGCCGAGUAUACAAAGUGGUGCAGUGGUAUGAUUCAAGUGGAGAAUCCUCAUCUAUACUCCUGGAUGUGUUUGAUGUAACUCCUGGAGAGCCCAUUCGUUUGAUGGAAAUAUCAAGACAGCACAAAUUCUUGUAUGUGGCUUCUGAUCAUCGAAUUCGCCAGAUUGACCUAGCGAUGUGCAACCGACGCUAUGAUAAUUGCCUUCGUUGUGUUCAUGAUCCCUAUUGCGGAUGGGAUAAAGAUACCAAUUCCUGCAAGCCUUUUACUCCAGGGUUGCUGCAAGACGUGUCCAACAGCACAGUUGGUGUGUGUGACAGUAGCGUGGUGAAGAAAAAGAUGUUGGUCACUUGGGGUCAGAGUAUUCACCUAGGAUGUUUCCUCAAAAUGCCUGAGGUCCUGAGUAGCCAGACAGUGACCUGGUUUCAUUACAACAAAGAGAAGGGGCGCUAUCAAAUUGUGUACAGGCCAGACAAGUACAUAGAGACAUCAGAGCAUGGGUUGGUGAUUAUUGCUGUUAAUGAGGCUGACUCUGGACGUUACGACUGCUGGAUGGGGGGCUCAUUGCUGUGUAGUUAUAACAUCACUGUAGAUGCACAUCGUUGUGCCCCACCUGGAAAGUCACAUGACUAUCAGAAGGUCUACUCUGAUUGGUGUCAUGAGUUUGAGAAAUACAAAAUGGCUAUGAAGACCUGGGAAAGGAAACAGGCUCAAUGCAGCACUAGACAAAAUGACAGCAAUCAGAAUGCACAUCCUAAUGAAAUUUAUCACAGAAGUCCAUUAGUCUGAUAGUCAGUAAAACAAGCUGAAGUAUUUUUGCUUCCGUUGGACUCUCAUUUUGUACAUAGGGCUCAUGAGAGCAACACGGUAAGAAUUAUAAGCCUGGUAUGUACCUUACAUUUUAGACCAGCAACACAACAUUAGAAACUGUUGGAGACCCCAUCGUCAUGCAGUGGUUCCAUCUGUAAUAUGCAUGACAUGAUGAUGGUGAUGAUAAUAAUAACAAUUAUAAUAAUAAUGUAAUUGCAGUGCUGAAUCAGCAUCUCUGUACCGGAAGUGGAGUAGAUCUGUGAUAUUCCGACAUAGCGAGCCGUGAGCGGAUAUGUCAUGAGUGCGGUGGUGUGUUUGUUUGGACUGACAGUGUCAGUUGUGUUGGGGUUAAGAAAAUUUAGAAUUAGGACUAAUCUUAUUGUAGAAGAAGAGACAUUUCUAAAAUCAUCGUAGCUUUCAAACAAUAAAAUAUAAAAAAGAGUACUUGCCCCCAUAGUGGAGAGUUCUACUGACCACACUGUGACAUACCUUUAUUGUGAAAGUGUGUGUAUGUGAAUGUGAUUUUUUAAAAUGUGUAAAAGAUUUUUCUAGCACUGAUCAGUGUUUGAAAGUACACACAGUAUUUCAAUAACAGUUGUGCCAUUAUCACAUAAAUGAUUUACAUGCUGUGUUCUGAAAUACAAGUGACUUAGUGUGGGGAAUGUGGCAAGGCAAACGCAGUUUGAUGUUGAAAGUUCCAAAUGACACAAGAUGGGGUUUGAAAGGUGCUACUUGUAAAGGAUUUGUGAACCAACAGAAGUUUUCUCCAUGUCAACAUCAAGGAUUGCCAGUGGUUCGUCCUUCCAGACUUUUACUACUGUACAGAAAAUGAUAGAAAGUUCUACCCUUGUUAUAAGAAUUUUCAGGAUUUGUGGGUGGCAGUAGAUACAUAAUUGAAGUAUGACAAAUUGUGUGCUGUGUGAGAUUAAUCAGUAGAUGCUGUCAUAUAGCUAUGAUUGAAUCCCUUCACUGUUGAAAUCCAUCAGAACAGCUGUCUGUAUCAAGUCAUGAUGGAAUUAAAAAUACCUCCUCUUGGAAAAACAAGAGGAAGGUGGUAAUGUGAAAGGCAGUACUUCCUGGUGGUGGCAGUAUGUAACUGCUCGCAUGUGCAUGAAAUACUGUCCCUACAAUAUGGAUAAAAAUUAAAGAUGUACAGUGCUCCAGUACAUGCUCAGACUAACCCAACAAGGACAGUAUACAUAACCCAAGCAUAUACUCAGGAUGACAUUGAAAUGGUUAAAGGACUGAAUAAUUUAUUGAAUUUUGAGCAGUUUUCUUAGUACGAAUAUCAAUAAUAUCAUUGACUCUUUAUCUCAGUAUAGGUGGAGGAUUAUUUCAAGGUACUAUACUGAAUUUGUUAAUUUAAUUUAUGUCUUCUCUUUCAUUUUGACACAUGAUGUGAAAAUAAAUCGUACAUAAGAUUUAAGUAAUUUUAUCCACUAUCUAUGUGGCAUGAAAAAGAAAGUUCUUACUCAUGGCUGUUAAGGCAACUAUUAUGAAUUAAACCCCUUACUGAAGGUGGAGGUCCGUGGCCAACUUUAUUAUGUGGCUUCCUUGAACCCCAGGGAAAGCGUAACCACUGUCCAUUAGAUAUAACUCUGUGUAAUGCCAUUCUGAACGUGGUGGCAAAGAGAAAAAUUCAUACUGAUUUAUAUCUGCAUGUGUUAACUUACAUAUAAGAGAUUUUGUUUAAAUAAUCUAUUUGUGUAAAGUAAAAAAAAAAGUGAAGCUAUCCCUGUAACAGGCCAUGAAGGCCC